AUUCGGGAGCCCGCGGCGGCGGCGGCGGCGGCGGAGCUCGGCUGCGCGCGCCGAAGAUGGCAGAGAAGCAGAAGCACGACGGGCGGGUGAAGAUCGGACACUACGUGCUGGGCGACACGCUGGGCGUCGGCACCUUCGGCAAAGUGAAGAUUGGAGAACAUCAGUUGACAGGCCAUAAAGUUGCAGUUAAAAUCUUAAAUAGACAGAAGAUUCGCAGUUUAGAUGUUGUUGGAAAAAUAAAACGGGAAAUUCAAAAUCUAAAACUCUUUCGUCAUCCUCAUAUUAUCAAACUAUACCAGGUGAUCAGCACCCCAACAGAUUUUUUUAUGGUGAUGGAAUAUGUGUCUGGUGGUGAAUUGUUCGACUACAUCUGCAAACAUGGACGGGUUGAGGAGAUGGAAGCCAGGCGGCUCUUUCAGCAGAUCCUGUCUGCUGUGGAUUACUGUCAUAGGCACAUGGUUGUUCAUCGAGACCUGAAACCAGAGAACGUACUCUUGGAUGCACACAUGAAUGCCAAGAUAGCCGAUUUUGGAUUAUCUAAUAUGAUGUCAGAUGGUGAAUUUCUGCGAACUAGUUGUGGAUCUCCAAAUUAUGCAGCACCUGAAGUAAUCUCAGGCAGGUUGUAUGCAGGUCCUGAAGUUGACAUCUGGAGCUGUGGUGUUAUCUUAUACGCUCUUCUGUGUGGCACCCUCCCAUUUGAUGAUGAGCAUGUACCUACGUUAUUUAAGAAGAUCCGAGGGGGUGUUUUUUAUAUCCCAGAAUAUCUCAAUCGUUCUGUUGCCACACUCCUGAUGCACAUGCUGCAGGUUGAUCCCCUGAAACGAGCAACUAUCAAAGACAUAAGAGAACAUGAAUGGUUUAAACAAGAUUUGCCCAGUUACUUAUUUCCUGAAGACCCCUCCUAUGAUGCUAACGUCAUUGAUGAUGAGGCUGUGAAAGAAGUGUGUGAGAAGUUUGAAUGCACAGAAUCUGAAGUCAUGAACAGUUUAUAUAGUGGCGACCCUCAAGACCAGCUUGCCGUGGCUUAUCAUCUUAUCAUUGACAAUCGGAGAAUAAUGAACCAGGCCAGUGAGUUCUACCUCGCCUCCAGUCCCCCAACUGGUUCUUUUAUGGAUGAUAGUGCCAUGCAUAUUCCCCCAGGCCUGAAACCUCACCCGGAAAGGAUGCCACCUCUUAUAGCAGACAGCCCUAAAGCAAGAUGCCCAUUGGAUGCUCUGAAUACGACUAAACCCAAAUCUUUAGCUGUAAAAAAAGCCAAGUGGCAUCUUGGAAUUCGAAGUCAAAGCAAACCAUAUGACAUUAUGGCUGAAGUUUACCGAGCUAUGAAACAGCUGGAUUUUGAAUGGAAGGUAGUGAAUGCAUACCAUCUUCGUGUAAGAAGAAAAAACCCAGUGACUGGCAACUAUGUGAAAAUGAGCUUACAGCUUUACCUGGUUGACAAUAGAAGCUAUCUUUUGGACUUUAAAAGCAUUGAUGAUGAAGUGGUGGAGCAGAGGUCUGGCUCCUCGACACCUCAGCGCUCCUGCUCUGCUGCUGGCUUACAUAGACCGAGAUCAAGCUUUGAUUCUGUGACUGCGGAGAGCCAUUCGCUCUCCAGCUCCCUCACUGGCUCCCUGACCGGAAGCACCUUGUCUUCAGUUACACCUCGCCUGGGCAGUCACACCAUGGAUUUUUUUGAAAUGUGUGCCAGUCUGAUCACUACUUUAGCCCGUUGAUGACCUGUCCCUAGUUUAUAUCUUUCUGUAAUUGCACUGUGAAAAUCAGAUAUAUUCUUUAAAUUAUGGUUUUUAUUUAUGCAUAUCGCAUCCUCUAAAAUGCUGAUUGACAGACAUGAAUAUGCCAGGGGAUACUCAAUGCCAUUGAAAUUACUGAACAAAAAAGUCGGACAUUUUAUUUACCUGUAGAAAUCUGUAGUUCUAUUUUGUCUGUGAUAAAAUCACAUACGCAGACGCUUGAGGAGGUGAACACUGAUGAAGAUGGUGAAUUUAAAGUUGUGAGUUCACUCCAGAUGAUCAAUACACUUCCAUUGGGAACCAUCUCAAUCAGUGGGGGUGGGGGGGAAAGGGGGAUUUGAUGACACUUUCUUGCUUUACUCUUUAGUGUAGGGAAAUUCAGUUUACUUCCUAAAAAUUUCAGAGGCUGUAAGAUGUGUUUUUGCAUCCAAUUCUUUUGCACAAGAAGAUUAAAACAAUCAAACAACCAUUAGUAAGAUAGUAUUUAAAUGGUGAAAUCUUAAAAGCCUGCCCCAGAAUUUCAGAAGCCAAAUUCUUCUAGUAGUUUUUGCCUACUCAGAGUAUAAUCUCUAGUGUUUAAUAGAAGGGCUGUGGUCCUGAAACAGGUAACAAUUUCCUGGUUCCUUAAAAACAGCUGUAACCAACUAGAGGUUUUAUCUUGAGAUUUCUGUGAAUAAUAUUUUAAGAGCCUUCAAGGUUCUACUCAGUAUUGGGACAUCUGGAAUUGCAACAACUUUUGUCUCUUUCAUAAACUUAUAUCAUUUUUUAAAACA